AUGGCGUCAUCACUGAUUCCCGCAUCCAUGCAGAGCAAGCUGAUGGGAGUUUCGUCGCGGAACUUGUCAAACGCCACUCUUACUUACCUCAAUCUCGACCUUAUUAAGAACGUGGUUUUCCUCUUUUUCGUCCUCCGAUACACCCGCAAGACAUUCGAUUCCCUCCGCGGAUAUGGCAUUAUUGGAAGUAUCAAACGAGUCCUUGUCGCUAUUCGGCUAUGGGCUUACUACCUAUUUUUACGUGCACCUGGUGUCCGCGGCCAGGUAGAGAAGCAGGUCACAACCGCCGUUACCAAGCUGGAGGAGAAGAUGGUUCGCAGAGGUCCUGGUAUUAACAGCUACCUUACUCUUCCAAAAGAAGGAUGGACAUCUGAACAAAUUCGCGCGGAGCUCACUCAGUUGGCUGGUAUGGAACACGCAAAAUGGGAAGAGGGUCGUGUCAGCGGUGCCGUUUAUCAUGGGGGUGAAGAUCUUUCGAAGCUACAGACCGAAGCUAUUGGAACUUUUGCUGUCUCUAAUCCACUUCAUCCUGAUGUCUUCCCUGGUAUCCGAAAGAUGGAAUCCGAGAUUGUGGCCAUGGUCCUUUCCCUCUUCCACGGUCCCUCGGAUGGUGCUGGUGUAACCACCAGUGGUGGUACAGAAUCUAUUCUCAUGGCAUGCCUUGCUGCCAGACAGAAAGGUCGUGCCGAGCGCGGAAUUACAGAACCAGAAAUGGUUGUUCCUGAAACUGUGCAUGCCGCCUUCUUCAAGGCUGGUAGCUACUUUGGCAUCAAGGUGCAUCAGGUGCCCUGCCCAGCACCGGACUAUAAAGUUCACGUUCCUUCCGUUCGGCGAUUGAUUAACCGCAAUACCGUUCUCAUUGUUGGUUCUGCUCCUAAUUUCCCUCAUGGUAUCGUGGACGACAUUCCAGCUCUUUCGCGCCUUGCUGUCAAAUACAAGAUACCACUUCAUGUCGAUUGCUGUCUUGGUUCAUUCGUUAUUGCCUUUCUCAAGAAAGCCGGCUUCCCGUCUCCAUACGAAGAGGAGGGUGGGUUCGACUUCCGUCAGCCAGGUGUGACCAGUAUUAGUGUCGACACUCAUAAGUACGGAUUUGCUCCCAAAGGCAAUUCUGUAUUAUUAUAUCGCAAUCGGUCUUACCGAAACCACCAAUACUUUAUCUUCCCCGAAUGGACAGGAGGAGUGUAUGCCUCGCCAUCAAUUGCAGGCUCUCGUUCCGGUGCCUUGAUCGCAGGUUGUUGGGUCAGCUUGAUGACCAUUGGAGAGGCAGGAUAUGUUGCUAGCUGUCAUCAAAUCAUGGGUGCAGCCAAGCAAUUCGAAACUGCCAUCCGAGAAGACCCAAUCUUGUCAGCGAACCUUGAAGUUAUCGGCAACCCUGAAGUUAGUGUGGUAGCUUUUGCAAGCAAAAAUGUCGGAAUUGACACAUACGAUAUUGCCGAUGCAAUGUCAGCUAAGGGAUGGCAUCUCAAUGCUCUUCAAGAUCCAGCAGCUAUUCACAUGGCUUUUACGAGACCGACAGCGUUGGCUGUGGAGAAACUCCAGACUGAGUUGACUGAAGUUGUAAGCGCAGAGCUUGCAAAGGCGGAGGAGAGACAAAGACAAGGAAAAUCAUACGCCAGGCAACGAGGUGAUACUUCGGCCUUGUACGGUGUGGCAGGUAGUCUGCCAGAUAAAAGUAUUGUCAGCCGCUUGGCCGAGGGAUUCCUUGAUGCUUUAUACAAGCCAUAA